GCUCUUUCAUUCUGUGCGUCGCGGUGGGAGAGGCACAAAGUUUGCAGUGGAUGUUUGAAUCUCGUUUCUUUUACUUGAUGUCAUCAUAACGGCGUUUUGUAUAUCGCUUGGCAGCAAUUUCGAACUAACUGGUUUUAAACGUUGAAUUGAAGCCAUAAAUCUUUCCUUUGCUCUUGGCGAAGCUCCUCAGGUGUUUUGUUUUUCCAGCAGAAGACGCGCUAAAGUUUGUCAUUCGGCGUAGAGACAUUAGAUGCAAACUCUUGCCUCAUUUGAACUAUAUUAGUUCCGCUUUCCGAUUGUUUGUAUAUAAACACUUCAUUAGGCUGCCUAUUCAGAAGGACAUACGGGCCAGUGCAUCAGGUCCAGGAUGGAACAUGAAGCAGAGAAGUACCAGCAGCGACUGAAAGCUAUAGAGGAGAAACGGCGGAUACAAGAGGAACAGGAGCGAGCCAGGAGAGAGAUUGAGGAUGAGAGACUGAGACUUCAGCAGCUCAAGAGGAAGUCCCUCAGAGACCAGUGGCUGAUGGAAGGACCUCCUACAUCUCCUGACAGUACGGGACCUCGAUCACCCCUCUGGGGCGCUAAGGCUCAGGAGAUAGAGACACACAUUAACAAAUUACAGGUGACGUCUGAGCAGUUGGCAGAGGAAGAACUGAAACUGAAGCAACUCAUUGAAGACGGUUCCAGUCAAACUGGCACAGACACUCAGACACAACAUAAGGGAGAGGCCGUGGUGGAGCCAGUGGGAGCAGCAAUUGCUGAGGUGGACCCUAAUGCACCUAUCAUGGAGAACGGAAAAGAGGAAAAGAAAGAUGAUUCAGUGCAGGCUGAAAAUCACGAUGGGGAGGAAGCAGGAAUGAUUACUGGCGCUAAAACAGAAACAGACACCACACCACCUCUUAACGGAAAUGCUCUUAACGGUAAUGUGGAAGGAGAACCAUCACACAAUAGUCCGGAAGAGGACGAACAUGCUUCUGCUAACGACUUUAACAGCCACCCUGCUGAAGGACUAGGUGCAGGUGGUGUAACUAUGACCUUCCUUGGCUUCAAGGAGGCGGAGCCUGGGCAGGGAGUAGAUGAGGAUGAUGACGGCGGAGCAAUUAUCCGAGCAGAAAGAGUCAUCAUCACAGACGAAGGGGAGGAAAUCCCAGAGGAGGAUAACAAAACUGCUCAAGAACCUACUGUGGACGCCACAAAUGAAGACACUUCUGGAAACACAGAAGAAAAUGGUGCUGAGGAAAAGACAGAGAACCAUCCGGAAGCUUCUGCUGACCCAGAACAGGCAGAAGUGAUUGAAGAUCCUCCUGCUGAGGAGAUACUUACAGAUGUAGCAGUUGAAGGUGAGACACAAGAUCUUGAGCAAGAGGAGAAAGAUCUUCCUGAAUCGACUGAAAUGCAACCCCAGAAUGUGACAGUAGAUGGCACUAUCGAGGCAGCCCAGGUUCCAGUGUAUUCCACAACACAACCAUCUCCAACAAUCAGACCAAAAGUCGAAGCAAACACAACAGAAUUGCAAACCCCAAAAGACGAGGAGGUCAAGCCCGCCAUGCGCAUCUCGCUCAGCCAAUUUCAGGAAGUUCCACUGGAUGGCGCCGGAACAGAAACAGCGGAGUCAAACGCCAAGGCAGAAACAGAGAAACAGCGUGCCGAACAAGAGCCUCUGCUCGUCUCCAAAGCAGCGGCUCAGCUGGACACCAGCGCCGCAAAUCGAGCAGAGGACGCAGGUGCACCAAAACGAAAAACCUGCCAAUGCUGUUCGAUCAUGUGAACACUCUGUUGACGUUUGGCUGUGACUCUUUUUAUUCUCCAUUCUUUUUCAUCGUGUCUGUUACUCUGAAUAUAGAGUUUGUAUUUCAAGACAUUCGUAUUUUGAUCUUCAGCUGUUCACAUCGAAACUUGCAGCGGCGUCAAAGCACAAAGUGUUUAUGAUGUACUGAAGCCUUCGAGACUUGCAUUGCCUUCACUGUAUUGAAUUCCCCACAACUCUUUUCUGUGUAAGAAGAAGCACAUUGCCUUGCAGGAAAAGACUGGAAAGACUGGCUUCAGUGUGCAUGUUGUUGUUGAUAUAUCACCAUUGGUUGCAUUCCCAGCCUCUGGUGUCUGAUUAUGAUCCUGUUUUUAUGUCUGGCGACUCUAGAGCGUUGGCUGCCGACCCACAGAGGCCUUGACGGUUUUAACACUAUACCAUAUAAAAAUAUUUUGUUUUCUCAGUGCCGUGGGAAUUGACCCACGUGGGUAAUUAAUAAGUCUCAACCUACAAUAGUUGUGGUAUUCUCUAUUAGAAACCAUUCGUGUGCCUUGUUUAUGAAUCAAAACAAAGAGGCAGCAAAGAGAUGGAAUGGUUUCCUGUGAUUUUAUACACGCUGUAACAUCUUCAGAGUUUUUGUAUUGUUGAUGUGAACUGAGUUUCAGUUUGAUUGCUUUUAUUGUUACAGUGCCUUUAACUGCCCGACAGAAGCGUUUUUAGACUUUAAAGGCAUGGUUUACCCAAAAUUCAAAUGUAUGUGAUGAAAAUCAUUUCAUGUUGUUCCAAAGAAAACAGUUUGUUCUGCAGAACACAGAAGAUAAUUUAAAGAGUGUUUCAAUAAAGAGAGAUUAUUUUGUCCUGCAGAAGAAAGAAAUAUACAGGUUUGGAAUGACAUGAGGAUGAGUAAAUGAUGACAGAAUUAACAUUUUUAGGUGAACUGUCCCUUUAAUGUGACCCUAUGAACAGUACUUAAUAUACUUCUGUCCAGUAUACAGUAUACGGCAUAAACCGCUUCAUCAAUCUUGGCAAUUUUAGGUUCAUUCUCCAACUAACAUUUCUAUAAGGACUGCUCCUGUUGUCUCUCAUUAACACGGUUUAAACUGUGUGUGACAGCGAUUCAAGUUUCAUACCAUGAUAUGUAAUCAAUACUAUUCAAAGUUUUCAGUUGAAUUCAGGAACUUGUUUUUUCAGCAUAGACAUUUUGAUGUAAAUUCUCAGUGCCUUAACUGAGUGCCUGUUUGUACAGUUUAAAUAAAGAGCUGAAUGAAAAGCAGUGAGGAUUUUGUAUAGAAAGUUUACAUUGGAAGAGCUGCAGGAUUAAUAAACUAAACUGAUGAAAUGUAAUCAAGGCUGU